UGUUUUCUGUGACCCAUAAUUACAAACUGGGGUUUGGGGAUUUUUCUCCGAUUAACCCAAACUUUGGCGUUGUAAUUUUCAUUUAGUGAGAGAUACAAAUAGUCAGUUUAAGCAGCAAAAAUCCCACUCUGGUAUUUGAAGAUAUUGGUUGCUUGUUGAGUGGAGCAGAUAGGCGGCAAGAAUGGUAACAAUGGAGUCCUUCGUGCUCAAACUUCCACCUUCUUUCCGGAUCAUCAAACAAAGCCCUAACUGUACCAACCGUACCUUCCGCACCGUACCCUUUGCUUCUGCCACCGCUCCCGCUCCCUUAUCCACCGACUCGCAACUCGGUCCUGGUUCCCUCGGCUAUCUCACCCGACCCGAUUUCCCCAUCCUUCACCAGGAAUUAAAUGGUAAAAGGCUUGUGUAUUUGGAUAACGCCGCCACAUCGCAGAAGCCAGAACCGGUGUUAAACGCUUUGCGGAAUUAUUAUGAAGCUUACAAUUCAAAUGUUCAUCGUGGGAUUCAUUAUUUGAGCGCGAAGGCGACGGAUGAAUACGAGUUAGCGAGGCAGAAGAUUGCGAAUUUCAUAAAUGCAUCGGAGGGUAGAGAGAUUGUGUUUACAAGAAAUGCUACAGAGGCCAUCAAUUUAGUGGCUUAUAGUUGGGGUAUGUCGAAUUUGAAGAAGGGAGAUGAGGUUGUGCUAACAAUCGCGGAACAUCACAGUUCAAUUGUUCCUUGGCAAUUUGUAGCUCAAAAGACUGGUGCAGUUCUAAAGUUUGUAAGUUUAACAGAAGACGAGGUUCCAGAUUUAGGGAAGCUAAGGGAGACUCUUUCGAGGCAGACAAAACUCGUUGUGGUUCACCAUGUCUCAAAUGUUCUCGCCUCUGUUCUUCCAAUCGAUGAAAUUGUAAGUUGGGCACACGAAGUUGGGGCCAAAGUGCUAGUGGAUGCUUGUCAAAGUGUUCCUCAUAUGGUCGUUGAUGUCAAGAGCCUUAAUGCGGAUUUUCUCGUUGCCUCUUCUCAUAAGAUGUGUGGGCCUACAGGCAUCGGGUUCUUGUAUGGCAAAAGCGACAUCUUGGCUGACAUGCCCCCGUUUUUAGGUGGAGGUGAAAUGAUAUCAGAUGUGUAUUUGGAUUACUCAACGUACGCCGAACCUCCGUCCAGAUUUGAGGCUGGGACUCCUGCUAUUGGAGAAGCAAUUGGAUUGGGGCAUCUUUCUGGUAUAACGGGAUUAUCAGUCCACCUAAGCCGUUCCGUUUUCUUUUUUCUUUUUUUUUUGCAGGUGGAGCUAGCGAACUAUUUAUAUGAUCAAUUGUGCUCAGUACCCAAUGUGCGUGUGUAUGGGCCAGCUCCUUCGAGAACCGUGGAAAGAGCAGCACUCUGCUCUUUCAACGUGGACGACAUUCAUCCAACAGAUAUUGCUACUUUUCUUGACCAACAGCAUAGUGUUGCGAUUAGAUCGGGUCAUCAUUGCGCUCAGCCCCUUCAUCGCCACUUGGGAGUGAAUGCAAGUGCGCGGGCAAGUCUUUAUUUCUAUAACACCAAAGAUGAUGUCGAUGAUUUCAUUCUGGCUCUCAAAGACACCAUUAGCUUUUUUGCAUCGUUUAAGUGAAGGGGUACGUACGUACAUUUAGUAAGUCUGGAAAACAGGUUUUUUAAAACAGUGUUCACUGUUAUAUCCUUUGAAAUUAGUUGUGACCGAAUUAUAAUGCACAUAUUAUGUCAAAUGUAAUGUGUAUUUGUUGGUGCAAAUUACAAAUAUUCUCUUAUAGUAUGUUUGAACUACCAACAUUUUGUUUUUGUUCACAAAAUUAUAUUAACCCUCGAUAAUCAUAAUAUUA